CUGAAGAGCGUGGUGGUGGAGUUCAGUCCAGACCAGAUCGAAGAGUUCAGGGACGCUUUCACAUUGUUUGACGAGACGCCCGCCGGUGAGAUGAAGAUCACCUUCGCUCAGUGUGGAGACGUCAUGCGAGCGCUGGGACACAACCCCACCAACGAGGAGGUGCUGAAGCUGCUGGGGAGGCCGAAGGCCGAGGAGAUGAACGUCAAGCUGCUGGACUUCGACAGCUUCCUGCCCAUGCUGCAGCACGUGGCCCGCUCCAAGGAGCAGGGUAACUUCGAAGACUUCGUGGAGGGUCUGAGGGUUUUCGACAAGGAGGGCAACGGCACCGUGAUGGGGGCGGAGCUCCGCCACGUCCUCGCCACGCUGGGAGAGAAGAUGACGGAGGACGAGGUGGAUCGACUGAUGGUGGGACAGGAGGACGCCAACGGCCACAUCAACUACACCGAGUUUGUCAAGCACAUCCUGGCCGGGUAGAAACAGACUCAGACUCCUGCUUCAGGUUUUAUUAAACAUGUCCUCACCGGCUCCAACAGGAAUCAGUUAAUAAAUGAGGACAAUGUGUUAAAUCAGGAUAAACGAUCAGCUGUGAACAGAGGGGAGGCGUCCACGUAUUUAAGAUCAUAAAAGUCACGGUUGUGGUUUCAUUGUCCAACUACAGAUUAAAGUUCUGGUCCUUUAAAAGAGUGA